CGUUAGGCUGGCACCGCAAGCGGCACAAAGCGCAGCUCCCUCCCUCGAUAUACACAUAUAUAGAUAUAGUUCUCGAACUGAAUACUUCUUCCGAUCAUGUUCGAGCAGAACAGCAGCAGCAGUUCGACGAUGGCGGCUGAGUCUGCGCUCUGUUCUGUGUCCAGGCAGCGGGAGCGGUCCAGGCCGAGUCCCGCCCAAAGGCUGCACAAUCUUACAUCGGCCUCGGCCACAUCAUCCACCUCAACAGCCAUUCCAUUGCCACAGAACGUCUUCACAAAUCCUUCGAUACAACCAUCCAGUGUGGUCAAUCUUUCGCACUCUACAGAUGUGGUCAUUGGACCGAUGACCCAAUAUCAAGGACCGGUAUCUAUAUACUACAUGGAUGCCAGCAUGGAGGCGCAUGCCAUGCAAGCGGCAGCUGGAAUCAACAGCAGCAGUAAUCGAAGUCGUGAUAAUUCCCCAUCGAAGCGUCUCAACCGGAACACCAUCCUACUGAUCACACUCAUCCUUCUCGUCCUAGCCACAGCACUGAUUGUGCUCUAUGUGGAACUGAAUCGACCACGAUCGGAGGCCGCCAACAAGGCGAUCUACUUUGGGAACACCUAUGACCACGAUACGUUUCCGAAUCUAGGAAAUGGUCAUCUCGUCAUCGAUCGGAUACAGUGGGGCGCCUCGAGCAAUGUCCGGCCAUUGACAGUUCCCCUCCGACGACCCAUUCCCUAUGUCCUGAUCACACACAUAGGAGUCCAGUCGAUACCCUGUUCCAAUGUCUACAAAUGCUCCAUCAAAAUGCGUACCAUCCAAGACGCCGCAGUGGCGGAGAAGAUCCUACCAGAUAUUCAGUCCAACUUUUAUGUCUCCGACGAGGGAAACAUCUAUGUGGGCCGUGGAUGGGACUGGGCUAACACGUAUGCCAACCAGACGCUGGCCAUUACCUUUAUGGGUGACUACGGACGGUACAUGCCAUCACCCAAGCAGCUGGAAGGUGUCCAAUUUCUGCUUGCCCAUGCAGUGGCAAAUCACCAGCUGGAAGCAGACUACAAACUGGUGGCCCAGAAUCAGACGAAGACGGCCAAGAGUCCCGGCGUCAAUGUGUUUCGGGAGAUCCGAAAAUGGCCCCAUUUUUAUGGCUGUGGCUUGGACGAUGCACCCGCUUGUGGGAGCGAGCUGGGCAUGACGCGUGCCUCCUGGGAUGCCAAGCAGUAGACCUACCUUUCCAUAGACUUCAUACCACUUAAAAGAGUAUCCAAAUACAAAUUACAUUUAAUAUACAUAUAUACUAAACAAGAAAACGA